AAGAACAUAAAAUUAGUAAUCCUUUUUUAAAUUGAGCCUUGCUAUAAGUUACAGCUCUCAGAAGAUUGUAAAUUUUAUAUAGAGCAUAUAGCAAAAUCUAUUUACUACUAUAUACCCAGAUUUGUAAUAAUUAUCUUUAAAUACUUGAUCAAACUCGGUCAUGUUAGAGUUUUGUCCCUUAUCAGGUUAAAAGGUAGUGUCGUUAUAAAUAUGCCGUGCAUGAAGGUUUGUAUUACGCCGGAUAAGCAAAACAGUUUCAACGUUUGGCUAGACCUGCAGUUAUGCUUAAAAUGAAUAAAAAAAGCGUCUUUUAAAGACUUUAGAUAAACAAAGUUUAAUUUCUAAUUGAAAAGAAUUAAUGAAGUUAAAACUAAAUAGGUAUUAGAAAGAGACAAUUAAUUAAAUCUUUUGUAAGAAAGACAGGGUUCAACAAUCGUGACGCGAGUUGAUAAUUCAGAUUGUUUCUUAGGUAAACAUUUACCAUGCCAGAAAGUCUAUCACUAGAAUUCAGCAACGAUGGAUUUGCCACGAUACGAAUGAUAAAUGGAGAGAACAGAUUCCAGAUAACGACAAUAGACGAAUGGAAUAAAACACUGGAUAAAGUUAUAGAAAAUCAAGAUACGAAGGCCGUAUUGAUAACAGGCGAGGGAAAAGUUUUCUCCAAUGGUGUUGACUUACAGUGGGUAGCUCUUCAAAAAGGAGAUGUCCCAAGUGUGUAUGUCAGGAGACUGCAAGGGCUGAUAUCUCGAAUAUUGAUUUUCCCAGUUCCAACGGUGGCAAUUCUUAAUGGUCACGCGUUCGGGGCGGGUGCGUUCCUAGCUCUUGCAUGUGAUUUCCGUGUAAUGAGGCCAGACAAAGGUUGGUUGAAUUGGCCAGAAACAGCCUUAAAUCUCAGAAUUGGUGAAGUACUUCUUAAGCUUGCGAGAGCAAAAAUUCCAGCUGGCAUUGCACAGAGAGAAGCACUAUUGUUUGCCAAGCGUAUGACAGGAGAUUACGCCAAGCGUCUGGGCUUAGUGGAUGAAGUUGUUGAAGAAACAAAGAUGAUGGACACUGCAAGAAAACUUGUGAAUGAUGCCCUGGGUCGUAACGGACUUGGUCGGAAAAUAGUUGCAGACAUGAAAAAAGACAUUUACGGAAUAGAGCUUGAUUUGUCAAAAUUAUAGAUAUAUAUUUUUACGGUAUAUCGUACAGUGCAAUAGGAUUCACUCAGAUUAGUCGGUUUAUUUUAUUAUUAUUUGUUGGUGUUGUUGUUGUUUUUGCCAUUUUAAAAACUGUUUCGUAGAUGACGACUCAUACAAAGCAAUCAUCAAGAAGAUGUGCUACCAUCUUGUCCUGUAUGGUAUAUAAUCAUGUAUACGGAGGGAAUUUUUAAAAGUCUUCUUGUCAGAAACUGCUGCUUCAAAUUUCGAAUAAUUUAAAUAGUUUCUUGGCUGAUCCACUUCUAAGACUGUUCAAGUUAUUCUGAUUCAUCAGAAAACAUUUUUACUACCACUUACUCUUUACAAAGCUUUUAACGUAUCAAGGACCAGAACUAAGAUAUUUGGUCUAUAUAUUUAGUUUCAUCCAUUUUCAUAAGAGAACCAAUGUUGUGACCGAUAGCCGUAUUAUUUUUAUAAUUAUUCAAAAAACUUUAAUUGUCCAUGAUUAACAAUAAAUACGCAUUUGACAAGUCAGUCGUAGUUUGAUGUUUUAGGCCUAUGCUUUCCACGUACGCGUGUCAGUAUGAGAUGGUCCUUUAACCAAGUAACUCCAUAUGAACAUACCUCCUCUCCUAUUAUGUAUACAGCUUUUUAAGUUUUGUGUAUAUAAAGCGCUCAGCACGUAUUGAUACUUUUUUUAAAAAAAAAUAAAAAAUGUCCAAUGUGAUUUUGGCAUUUGCUCUACUGAGCUCAAUUACAUUAAAACCCAUUUAAUCCCAGACAGCAAUGAUCCCAUGGAGCUUUUUGAUGUAACGGAAAUUACCAACAUGACUUUGACUUACGGCUAUUCGAAAAAUAGUAAGGAUUGUUGUAUUUGCGCCAGCGUUGGCGUCGCUAUUGCAGAUGCAUUAAAGAUUUUAUAUAAACUUCUC